UUCUUCGUGGGAGAUUCCUGGGUUUUUAGCAGCACCAAAGUCAAUUCAUGGCUUUUGAGAAAUCAAAUUAUCUUGUUCCUUAGGUGGCAACUUCCUUUCUUGGAGCAAGUGUAAGCAGAAUUACCAGUGAUCCUGAGCAUUUUUCUUUUCAGGUAGAAAAGAGUAGUAAAAACGUGAGCAAGAAACGUGCAGUGUACCACAGGGUGGUUUAGGUAUUUGCAAUUGUAGAAUAAAUGGUGAAGCAAGAACCCCUUCCAAAGCAGGCCUUGAGUAUUUUGGACUUGAGUUGCAGCUGAAGUGGAAACUUUUGGAAACCUUGCCAUUAAUGUCAAUGGGAACGAGAGGUCACAAAGGAGCAUUUUUCCUGCUGAAACUUCAAGACAUUUGUUCCUGAGUUGCAGGAGAUUUGCUGGAUAAGGCCCUCUUAAAAUUACCCAGACCAUAUGGAUGGCAGGGCUCUGCAGGAUUCUGACAGACAAUAUGCUGUGGCUUCAGGCACUGCUGCCACAGGAGAUGCUGCAAACAGCCCAUCAUGCUGCACAGAUGUAUGCCCCUUCCAGGUCGGUGCUCGCCGCUCCCUCUGCAGCAUCUCUUGGACAGCUACCAGUGCAGGCCGGAUGAUGACCAUCUGUCCUACGGGGAAACGGGAAUGCCGGUCCCCCCGUUCGGCUGCGCCUUUUCCACGGCCCCGACUUUGGAGCAUGUCCUGGCAGUUGCGAAUGAGGAAGGGUUUGUCAGACUCUACCAUACUGAAGCUCAAACUCCCAGCAAACUCACCAUUAAAGAAUGGCAGGCUCACUCCAACGCCGUGUUCGACCUUGCCUGGGUACCAGGGGAACACAGGAUUGUGACUGCUUCAGGAGAUCAGACAGCCAAGGUGUGGGAUGUGCGAGCUGGCGAGCUUCUUGGCACAUGCAAAGGUCACCAGUGUAGCCUCAAGUCGGUUGCUUUUUCUAGGUUUGAGAAAGCUGUCUUCUGUACUGGAGGCAGAGAUGGAAACAUCAUGGUUUGGGAUACCAGAUGCAACAAGAAAGAUGGAUUUUAUAGGCAGGUGAAGCAAAUCAGUGGAGCACACAAUGUAGUGGACAAACGGGCUCCUUCCAAACCAAAGAAGAAGAGGCAGAACCUGAAAGGACUUGCUCCCUUGGUGGAUUUCCUGCAGAGUGUAACCGUGGUGCUGCUUCAGGAUGAGCAUACUCUUAUCUCUGCAGGAGCUGUUGACGGUGUCAUCAAAGUAUGGGACUUGCGCAAGAACUACGCUGCUCACCGCCAGGACCCAGUGCCUUGCAAGUCCUUUUGCUACCCUGGGACCAGUACUCGCAAACUUGGAUAUUCCAGCCUGGUUUUGGAUUCCACUGGUGCUAAUCUGUUUGCUAACUGCACUGAUGACAGUAUCUACAUGUUCAAUAUGACGAGUUCGAGGACCACUCCAGUGGCAGUUUUCAGCGGGCACCAGAAUUCAACCUUUUACAUCAAAUCCAGCACCAGUCCAGAUGACCAGUUCCUGGUCAGUGGCUCCAGUGACUGCAAUGCGUACAUCUGGAAGGUUUCUGAGCCCAGCCUUCCUCCACGGAUACUGCUUGGUCACUCUCAGGAAGUUACUUCCAUUGCUUGGUGUCCUUCAGACUUCACUAAGAUUGCUACUUGCUCUGAUGACAACACUGUGAGGAUUUGGCGCUUACAACGUCAUCCUGAGGAGGAGAAGUCAGCAUCCAGCAAAGUCAACUUGGUGGGCUGGUCCACUCAGAAGAAGCCACAAGAACAGCGUGGAGCAGGGUGGCCAGCCAGCCCACAGAGUACUCCUGCCAAGGCCUUCACAGCAGGCAGCCUGUCCGUGUCCUCUCCACAGCCAGGUGCCUGUGCUCCCAUGGACUCUGGAGACCUUCCCCUGUCCACAAACACUCCAACAGGCAUUCUCCAAACCCAGUCUGCUGCAGCCUGCACCCCAGGCCAACAGAGCAGAACCAGCCCAUGUGCUUCUCCCAGACUGAUCCCUUCCUCCAAGAUGUCCAUUAAACACUGGGUUACAAGGACUCCAUCCCCUUCUCCAGAAGUGGGCAAAAAGGCUCCUUCUCCUAGAAAAGCCCUGGCAGAAGUCACCCAAGGUGUCCUGGAAGCCACUUGCCCUCCUAAAGCCCCGCACUCACAGCUUGAAAAGCGUGCCAAGAGAAGGCUUGACUGCAGCAAGGGGGAUGAUGCAGGGCAGAAGUGUCUGCAGGCCUGUAGCUGUGUGACUGAACUGGACCAUGCAGCGAAGAAAUCCAAGCUGAACCUAUGGCAUUUGGCUGCAGACCAAAAAGCUUGUGAUGAAGGCUCCUUCAGCAUGGCUGGCUUGGAUAACGACCACAGCCCAGAAGAGCCUUCCUUUCCUGGAAGCCAUAUGAACCAACUGAGCCUUCAAAAUGCCCCCCAUUCUUGCAGAUCUCCACACGGGAAAGCCACUGAAGUGAUGGAUAAAGAGAAUAGCUCACCUGAAAGGAAAAACUGGUUGUCUGCUCUGGGGGAGAAGCGACGGACUGGCAGAGCCGGCAGCCAGAACACAUCCAACAGCCCCCCAGCAUCUUGCAGUCCUUGUGCCAAGCGACAAGAGGCAGCAGCCGCUCCACCAAGAACUGCUGCAACCACUUCAGUUUCCAUGAGGAAGAUCUGCACAUACUUCCACAGAAAGCCACCGGCUGACUGAAGCAGCAUGCGGCAGUGGCACCUGAUGGAUGCUGACACUGCUAUCAAGACCAGAUUUCGCAUCACCGACAGCGAUGCACAGGGAUUACAGCUUGUUGUCAAACAUUCACAAACUUGGGGGUUUGUUCUUGUGUUUUUAAAGCUAUUAACAGUAGAGGUCAGCUGAGGGUGGGCAGUCUACACCACACUUACCUGUGAUCCAUACCGACUCCAGAUGAUGGAUUGGUUUAAUAAAGAAAACGUGAGUAUUUUUCACAUGGCAACUGUAAAGAGUCCAAAGACAGCACCAGCUCUGCUGUGCAUUGUUGACAGGCACAUAGAGCUUGUCAGCUUAGGUUACUAAGCUGCCGUUGAAACUUCCCCUACUUAAGAAUAAUGUGUCAAUCACUGCACCCUUCUGAAAAGCAGGUGUUUGUUGGAAUGUGUGUAGAGGAACUUGGUGGAGGUAGGUCUGAAUGGCAUUUCUGCAGUUACUCUCCUAGUACUGCAAUGACCACCCACUUCCAGCAGGGAGCUUAAGAAUGCUUGACGUAAUCAUAAAAGACUUUUAAACACCCUGUAUCCAUCCUAUGGUGAUUACGGGUUAAGUGGAGACAAAGUA